CGCCGGGAGAGCCGGAGAGCGAGGGCGAGAGCGCGGCCGGGCCGGGCCGGACAGGGACCGGGAAAGCCGCCGAGGGAGCCGCCGCCGCCGCCGCCGCCUGCGCCAUCAUGCCGGAGCUGGCCGUGGAGCGCGUGGUGGUGCAUCCGCUGGUGCUGCUCAGCGUGGUCGACCACUUCAACCGGAUCGGCAAGGUGGGCAGCCAGAAGCGCGUCGUGGGCGUCCUGCUGGGAUCGUGGCAGAAGAAGAUCCUCGACGUCUCCAACAGCUUCGCCGUCCCCUUUGAUGAAGACGAUAAGGAUGACUCUGUAUGGUUUUUAGACCACGACUAUCUGGAGAACAUGUACGGGAUGUUCAAGAAGGUCAAUGCUCGGGAGAGAAUCGUGGGCUGGUACCACACAGGGCCCAAGCUUCACAAGAACGACAUUGCGAUCAACGAGCUCAUGAAGCGAUACUGUUCCAACUCGGUUCUGGUGAUUAUCGAUGUGAAACCAAAGGACCUGGGGCUGCCCACGGAAGCCUACAUCUCGGUGGAAGAGGUGCAUGAUGAUGGGACACCGACUUCCAAGACCUUCGAACACGUGACCAGUGAAAUCGGGGCCGAGGAGGCAGAGGAGGUCGGCGUCGAGCACUUGCUGCGGGACAUCAAGGACACCACCGUGGGGACGCUUUCGCAGCGUAUCACAAACCAGGUGCACGGCCUGAAGGGCCUGAACUCGAAGCUGCUGGAGAUCCGGAGCUACCUGGAGAGGGUGGCCGUGGGCAAGCUGCCCGUCAGCCACCAGAUCGUCUACCAGCUGCAGGACGUCUUCAACCUGUUGCCGGACGUCAACCUGCAGGAGUUCGUCAAGGCCUUCUACCUGAAGACCAACGACCAGAUGGUGGUGGUGUACCUGGCGUCGCUCAUCCGCUCGGUGGUCGCCCUCCACAACCUCAUCAACAACAAGAUCGCCAACCGAGACGCGGAGAAGAAGGAGGGGCAGGAGAAGGAGGAGAGCAAGAAGGAGAGGAAGGACGAGAAAGACAAAGACAAGGAGAAGAGCGAGGCCAAGAAAGAGGACAAGAAGGAGAAGAAGUAGUUGUGUGCCGUGUCCGCCAAUUAAAAUGUCGUGAACUGA